AUGUUGAGCGUGGAUAUGUACCCCAGCUUGGGUCUAGGAUCUCAAAGAAUUGGAGACUGCUUUUACAGAGAUCGGGACCCAGCUGCCCAUAUGCCCCUCUACCCUUCAGCCUGUGAUGUUGUGGCCAAGACCUUAUCACAGAGACUACUGCCUCCUCCAAGUGUACCCAGUGAUUCUGCUUCCAGCCAACUCACCAAGGGUCAAGAGGAGAUCAAGAUGGAGCUGGAGAAUGCUUCUUUAUGGAAACAGUUUAGCUCUGUGGGAACUGAAAUGAUCAUUACCAAGAAGGGCAGACGGAUGUUUCCAGGGUUGAAGCUGAAACUCUCCGGCCUAAAUCCAUCUCUCCGAUACAUCCUGCUCUUGGACAUAGUUCCUGUUGACAACUCCAGGUUUCGAUUCCAAGGCGGCGGAUGGCAGGCAGUGGGUGGUGCUGAGGCCAGACUACCUGAUCGCAUAUUCAUCCACCCGGACUCGCCCGCCACUGGGACUCACUGGCAAAGCCGUACCAUCUCCUUCCAUUAUGCCAAGCUCACAAACAACACACUGGACUCACAGGGACAUAUAAUUCUCCACUCUCUGCAUCGCUACCAGCCAAGAAUCCACAUAGUUGAAGCGAGAGAUAUCAUGCGAUGGGGUGGCGGACAGCAAACAUUUGUGUUCCCUGAGACACAAUUUAUCACAGUCACAGCCUAUCAAAACAAUAAGAUUACAGAGCUGAAAAUCAACUCAAACCCAUUUGCAAAAGGCUUUCGAGAAGAUGGCAUGAACAGCAAAAAACAAAGAGAUGCAAGACAGAAGCGUAAACUAGACCAAAUUACAGACACUUUGGAUAUUGUGAAUUGUGAUCCAUGUGAUUCGACGGAGGCUCUGCCCCAGCCCACUAUGACUUCCACUCAACAUUCAGGCCUGCAGAUCCUGGGCCUGUCCUGUCUACCUGCUCUGCCAGACCCCCGCUGUGGGUACAGGUCAGAGGAGACACCCUACCAAGACACUCUGGUCCCAGAGCAGACCCUUCACCUGGGACAGACUUUUAUGACUGAUGUCAAUAUCCCCCUGAACAAUGGAAUGCAGGACAGAGGAGGAAGUGAUGUGCCAAAUGGCCUCAUUGAAAAUCCUGAAGCUCAGCUUGGUGAUCCAGCCUACACCUCCAGCUUCCCCCCUGCUCAGUCAUCACAGUUCCCCCCUUCAGCACUCCCUCCCCAGGCCUCCUCAUACCCGCCUCUCUCCGUCCCAGACUCCUCAGACCCCACUGGUAACACCCAGUCCUCUCUCUCUGCUCCUCCCCUCAACUACCCCAACAUCUUGGCCUCAUCUCCCACUCUGUCCCCCUCCUCUACCACCACCCCGGCCCUGCAGCAGACUACCUUCACCUUCCCCACCCCACCCCAUUCAAACUCCUCCUCCCCUCAGCCUCUCACUGACAGUCCUCCAGCUAACUCCUAUCACUGCAACCCGGACACCCCAGUUGACCCUUCUUACCCAGUACAUAACCCCACGUGUGAUUCUGGCCUGCAAGAUCAAAUGACUACUCACUCUCUGCUCAAUCAACCAAUAACUGAGCCCAUGACUAAUACUGCUGUGAAUGACCCUGUCCCUCCAGAAUUCACAUAUCCAAAUUUCCUUCCUACAAAUCCACCCCCAAUUCAGUCUCUCCCAAACCAACUUCCCACUCCUUCACUGUCCUGUUCUCUUCCAUCUUAUGGUAAUCCUACAUCUUUUGCUUUCCCUCCACACAUGCAAAAUCUGGCAUUCUCAAAUAUGGCUGCAACCUCAUCCCACCCUGGUCAUCCAGCCUUGCACCUUUCAAAUCUGAGCCACCAACCACAAGCACCUUCUCUCACCACUCCGUUUCCUCCAGCCUCUUUCCCGCAUGCAGCACCCUCGCUGUCCCAUCCACAAUUUCAGCCUGUGUCUGCUCCCUCCAACCCCCAGGCCCUAGUCAAUACUCCGGCCCCACCCCCUACCGCUUCUUCCUACCCUCCCGUUGACCUAGGUUCAAUCUCUCAGUUCAGCUCUGGCGCCCCUUAUCGCCCAGACAUAGUACGGCACCACCCAUCUCUCCUGCCCCAGCUGGAUCUUACCACAGCACCUGCAAACCCAACUAUGUAUUCUUCCUUUCCCUCAUACCCUUUGAGGCUCCUACCAUCCCAGGAACCCCACCCAACUCUACCCCUCCCCCUGAGGCAUCUGUACAGACAGCACCAGCAUGGUCCCACCCAAGGGUCCUACUUGGACAUGGGCACAAGGGCUGUAUUUUGAAAUCCAAGUGCAUUCUGAUGUCUUUGAUAGCGCUUUUUAGAAAAUGUGUGUUGCCAUCUGUAGUUUGAAUUCAAGUGUGUUUUUUAAAACUUUUUAGCAGCUCUCAUUUCUGAUGAUGUUUUGGUCACAUUGUAUAUAUCUGGUGAUUUAUUUUUUCAAAUAUUAAUUCCAUUUGAAAAAUAAAAAUGUUUCAACUUCAA